ACACGAGUUUAUAUACACACAAUAAUACAUAUUAAAAGUUUUUUACCACACAUCUUUUACUUAUAAAAAUAUUUAACUAUGAAUACUUCCGAACCUGAACCACAACAAUCUUCUGAAUUAAAAAUUUCGGAUAUAUUUAAAAAUCAUGAAGAAUUUGUAGCAAGAGUUCAAAAUUACGCGUCAUAUUGUACGGUUGAGUAAAGUAGGUCGUGAUAAAGAAAAAAAUAUUAUAAGAAGAACAAUCUUAUGUUCACGCGCAGGUGUUUCUGAAAGUAAAGAGGAUAAAGUCAACUCAAGAGAUCGUAAAUCUCAAAGAUGUAAUUGUCCAUUUUUUAUCAGAGCUUCACUUGAUAAUAAUAGUGGACUUUGGCACAUUUUAGCCAUGAAUUUGGAACAUAAUCAUGAAAUGGUUGCUCCUGAACACAAAAUGUUUCUUAGUAGUGAAAGAAUAAUUCCUCAAGAAAUUAAAGAUCGAAUUAUAGUUUAUCAUCAAGCAGGCUGUAAUGUACCAACUAUUCGUUCAAUUCUUAAGCAAGAAUAUAAAGACUUAGAAACAUGGAUCUAUAAUGAUAUUUAUAAUUUCAUAUAUCAGUUAAAUGGUAAACAAGAACAACGCUUUUUUGAAGCAGAAGAAUUUAUAAAUAUCUUAAAACAACUUAAAAGAGAAAUUGAUGGAUUUGAAUACGAAGUUAGAGUUGAUGUUGAUACAAAUGAAUUACUUCAAGUAAUUUGGAUGUAUCCUGAUCAAAA